GGAAGGAAACACGUCAGGCACGAAGGAAGGAGAAGUCCAGAAACUAAAGAAAAGCCGAUCGAGCGCAGAUAGAAAAACGAGUAUAGAUAUAUCUAUAGAUACAACAGACAGGGAGGGACCUGUAUCUAUCUAUUUAUAUCUAUUACAACCAAAAUUAUACAAAAUGAUUCGAAGAAAAAUUUUAUUUUUCUUCAUUGUAAUCCAUAUAUUCAUCAUCACAAUUGGGAUUGCGGAAUCUGCAGAUGCAUCUCAGGUCAGAUGCAGCAACAGAUGCGUAGCAGAAAACUGUAAUUCAAUUGGGAUUAGAUACGGCAAGUAUUGUGGCGUUGGAUGGACAGGGUGUCCGGGCGAAAAACCGUGUGAUGAUCUUGAUGCUUGUUGUCAAAUUCAUGAUGAUUGUGUCGAAAAAAAAGGUAUGACUAGUGUGAAAUGCCACGAGAAGUUCAAGCGCUGCAUAAAAAGAGUUCAUAAAUCCGGAAAGGCAGGGUUUUCAAAGGAUUGCCCAUAUGACACUGCAGUGCCUACAAUGCAGCAGGGUAUGGACAUGGCCAUCUUAUUUAGUCAGUUUGGUAACUCUAAGCUUGAACUCUAAUUGGUUAGUCUUUUGAUUGUGUAAGAUUAGACAUGAGCUCAACAUCAUUCUUUUGUAAAAGUGACAUCAGAAAUUCAAUUUUUGGUUGUACUUAUGUAUUAGAAAGUUGCCUUAGCAAUUGGGCUGGAUUUUUUACUUUUAAUAUGCCGAGUUGGGUUGAAA